UGCUCAAGCGUUGCGUUUCGUUUGCCUCCAGCAGCAGCAAAAAAAAGUCCCCUGACCAAUCCUAUUCCCCAAAACCCAGACCAGUUUGUGUGGACAGCGAUGACGUGCUGAGCUCUCUCACUCUCUCUCUCUCUCUGUGGUUCUCCCUCUAUCGCGCUCCCUGGUGUGCCAAAAAUUGUAAACUUAUUAAAAAGUUUUCUUCGAGGAAAGUAGACAACCAACAACACCAGGAAAAUCAUCGGCAGCGAUUCUUGUUCAAGCUAAGAAUUUUACAGUCGUAAGAUGGACAAGCCCCAGAGGAAAGCGAGGUGGUACUUCGGCGGAUUGGCCAGCGUGGGAGCCGCCGUGGUGACCCACCCACUCGACCUCAUCAAGGUCACGUUGCAGACACAGCAGGGACACCUGUCGGUGGCGCAAUUGAUCCCCAAACUCGCCCGCGAACAGGGAAUACUGGUCUUCUACAACGGCCUCUCCGCCUCGAUGCUCCGCCAGAUGACCUACUCCACGGCCCGAUUUGGGGUCUACGAGGCCGGAAAGGAUUACGUUAAGACGGACACCUUCGCCGGCAAGGUGGCUUUAGCCGGAGCUUCCGGCCUCGUCGGUGGAAUCGUAGGCACUCCGGCGGACAUGGUCAACGUGCGCAUGCAGAACGACGUGAAGCUACCCGUGGAACAGCGACGAAACUAUAAGAACGCCGUCGAUGGGCUAUUUAGGGUGUACCGCCAGGAAGGAUUCGCGCGGCUCUUUUCCGGCGCCACCACUGCGACGGCCCGUGGAAUCCUGAUGACAAUCGGCCAGAUUGCCUUCUACGAUCAGACAAAGAUCUACCUGCUGGCCACGCCAUAUUUCCAGGACAACCUGAUCACGCACUUUACCGCCUCCCUGUUGGCCGGAACCAUAGCCACCACACUGACGCAGCCGCUGGAUGUCCUGAAAACCCGGUCGAUGAACGCCAAGCCCGGCGAGUACUCUGGCCUUUGGGAUGUGGUGAAGCACACGGCCAAAUUGGGACCUCUUGGUUUCUUCAAGGGCUAUGUGCCGGCCUUUGUGCGCCUGGGUCCUCACACGAUCAUCACUUUCGUGUUCCUCGAGCAACUGCGUCUCAACUUUGGCACCUCACCGAGCUAGCUGGGAUCCCGAUCGAUUCCCUAAAUUGGCAAUAAUUCUCCCAUGGCUGGAUGGCAGAUUCCCUUGAGCAAUGCUAACAUUCCAGCUGCAAUUCGUUCACUAAAGUACCGAACAUAACUUAGCUAUAGCCAGUUAUAAUUCUUAACAAAGAUGCUUUUAUGGUAGAAAAAUAUUAAGUGUUAACGUUUCAUGCCCGCACUCCCGAAAUGUGCUAGUUUUUUUAGACAGCAGAACUUCAUAAUUUUAUAAUAAGCGUAAAGACUUUUUUAUAAAUUUUUUUGUAAAAUAUUUAAAAUUUACGAGUUUGA